AUCAAAAUGGAAACAGUUGUACUAAAGUAGCUUCAGAUAUCGCAUUAACUUUCCUAUGUUUACGGAAUAUUACACAUUAACAUCUUUUUUUAAGUCAACUGUAGUAGCGGACAGCUACUUUAAAGGCUGAUGUUGUCGAAGAAGUUCGCAUUUUGGGGAGAAUUGUGAACUAAAGUGAGAAAAACAAGGAAUAUCAUCGCAGCUAACGUUAGCUUAGUCCCAACCUAAGCUAGCUGUGGACUUUAAAUAGUUUUACCCGACAUAUUUCUGCGGUAAACACAGUCGUUGCUCGGAUUCUUCAUUUAAAGUUUGGAGCCACAUCAGCGGGAUGCAUCGGAGAGGAGUUGGUGCGGGAGCUAUCGCUAAGAAGAAGCUCGCAGAGGCCAAAUAUAAGGAGAGAGGAACUGUUCUUGCAGAAGACCAGAUUGUACAAAUGUCGAAGCAGCUGGAAACCUUCAAGUCCAACCUGGAGGAGUUUGCCAGCAAGCAUAAACAAGAAAUCAGGAAGAACUCACAGUUCAGGGUUCAGUUUCAGGAGAUGUGUGCCACCAUUGGAGUCGACCCACUUGCCUCUGGUAAAGGUUUCUGGUCUGAGAUGCUCGGCGUAGGUGACUUCUACUAUGAGCUCGGCGUACAGAUUAUUGAAGUGUGUCUGGCCCUGAAACACAGAAAUGGAGGGCUCAUUACUUUGGAUGAACUCCAUCAGAGAGUACUGAAGGGAAGAGGUAAAUACGCACAGGAUGUGAGCCAAGAUGACUUGAUGAGAGCGAUAAAGAAACUGAAGGUGAUGGGGAACGGCUUUGGGAUGAUUCCUGUUGGUGGUUCUUACUUGGUGCAGUCGGUCCCAGCAGAGCUCAACAUGGACCACACUGUAGUUCUGCAGCUGGCCGAGAAAAAGGGGUUCGUCACAGUGAGUGAGAUCAAGGACAGUCUGAAAUGGGAGAAGGAACGGGCCUGUCACGUCCUGGAUCACCUGCUGAAAGAAGGCUUGGCCUGGUUGGACUCUCAGGCAGCCGGAGAAGCUCAGUACUGGCUGCCCGCUCUUUUCUCUGAGCUCACCUCCCGUGACGUCACACCAGAGGAGGCCAAUCAGAUGACGCCUUAGGACCACCAGCUGGCGACAGCAUUAGAGACAUGUUGGUAAACAAAAUGUGCCAAAAGGUGGGGAGGCUCAUGUGACGGAGUUGGCGGGGGUGAACUCGCUCUGAGAUCACUUUCUGGACACGUGGAGGGGAAAACUUUCCUCAGCUACUUUCAUGCAACGACUGCACACACACUAUGAGACACUACGCUGUGUAUGAACCUGAGUGUGGCGUUGCUGGUGUCACGGUUUAUGGGCGGUUUAUGGUUAAAUGUACAGAAGAACUGUUAAAAUUUUGAUGCAUAAAGAAUAACUUCUAAAGACA